AUGUCUGAAGAGAUGUGCCGCGAGUACCGCUGCUUCCUCUUGAUGUCGUCGCAAAAGUCACGACACCAGACAAACACCAUGCUUUUCAGCCGUUAUAGUGUCGCUCUAUCCAAGGGACCUUGGCAAUUCUUCCGCAUGCGCGACACCGACGCACUCGUCCGCUUCACUAUUGGAGUUGCUCUAGCCUGCAACGAUCUCGACCACAUUUGGUUCACGGAUGACCAGUUCGACAUCAUGGCCGAAAUCGGUAAUACCAUGUACGAUGGCAUAUCCUACUGGAAGCAUCGUUCCGAGGGCGAGAUCAACAGCACCUUUGCAUAUGUCCCGGAGGAGAAGCGUGUCUUGGCUUACCACAAGUGCCGCGAGGCGCUCUGGGCUUUGGAUGUGGCAUGGGCGAGACAACCCGAGAUGAAGUGUGUCAUCAACUUUCUCCGCUACUUCGGUGGCCCCAUCCACAUGAUCAUGCGACGAUACCGCUUCGUGGAGGAGGGUCUUACUUUAGGCCGGCCUGAGGACCAGCGCGUCAUCGCGCAGACACGGAACAACUUCAAGCUAUGGAACAGAAUCGAUGAGCAGAAGAAAACAAAGGAGCAAGAGAGAUUCAGCCUUGAGCAGUACCGUCAUGUUCUCGCGAACGAGAAGGUUUUGUUGUUUAACGGACUCGUGCCUAUGCUGGACCAGGCGGAGGAAGGGUUGUGCCCUAAGUGCAGCUACCGGGAGACAUAUGGUGCCCCACAGGCUCAUACUUUCGGCGGUGUCGUCCUUUGCGCCGAAUGCAAGCAGGGGUGGGGCGAAUGGACUGAAACCGUGCUAGAGCGCAUGGUCAGAGCAUUCCCGGAGGCUGCCGACACCGUUCGCAUCAGCGAAAUGCGAUCAAGGUCCUCCAUCGCGCCCUGA